GGGUUUAGCUAUAUAUAUGUUUUCGUCUUUCCCCUGUGCGCAGAAGACGCGUCGUCUACAGCAUCUCGCUGCAACAAUGGUGUUUGUCAAAUCUCAAAAGAGCAAUGCCUACUCCAAGCGGUUUCAGGUCAAGUUCAAGAGAAGGAGAGAGGGGAAGACAGAUUAUCGGGCUAGAAUUCGCCUAAUAAAUCAGGACAAAAACAAGUACAAUACCCCAAAGUAUCGGUUCGUUGUUCGCUUUACGAACAAGGACAUCAUUGCACAAAUAACAUCUGCUAGCAUUGCUGGUGAUAUCGUCCUUGCUGCUGCAUAUGCCCAUGAGUUGCCUCGCUACGGGCUUGAAGUGGGUCUCACAAAUUAUGCUGCAGCUUACUGUACUGGCCUUCUCUUGGCGCGCCGCGUCUUGAAAAUGCUAGAAAUGGACGCUGACUAUGAGGGAAAUGUGGAGGCAACUGGAGAGGAUUUUUCAGUUGAGCCAGCAGAGAGCAGAAGGCCAUUCCGAGCCCUCCUUGAUGUUGGCCUUGUUAAAACAACCACCGGGAACCGUGUCUUUGGUGCUCUGAAGGGAGCUUUGGAUGGUGGGUUGGAUAUCCCACACAGUGAGAAAAGAUUUGCGGGUUUUGCGAAGGAUUCUAAGCAGCUUGAUGCUGAUCUCCAUCGAAAGUAUCUUUAUGGCGGGCAUGUUGCGGCAUAUAUGAGGACUCUGAUGGAAGAUGAGCCGGAGAAGUAUCAGACCCAUUUCAGUGAGUAUGUCAAGAGAGGAAUUGAGCCAGAUGGCAUUGAGGAGAUGUACAAGAAAGUUCAUGCUGCCAUUCGUGCAGACCCCACUCAGAAGAAGUCAGAGAAACAGCCGCCUAAGGAACACAAGAGGUACAACUUGAAGAAGCUGACAUACGAGGAAAGGAAAGCUAGUUUGAUUCAACGGCUCAAUGCCCUCAACUCUGCAGCUGGUGCUGAUGAUGAUGCGGAUGAAGAUGAGGAUUGAAUGUUCGAAGUAGUGGUAGGAUCUGAGAGCCAAAUUUGUGAUGUUUUCAGUGCAGAUGCUGCUGAUCUUCAGUUCAGUAUGGAACCUGAUAAUAUUUGCAUCUGUUGGGCAAUUUUGCAGCUUGGAGUUUUUCUUGUUUCUCUGGUAGAUGGUAACAGAACAUUUAACUUUCUGAAUAUUCUGAGUGUUGGGAUGUUAUGUUGUGAAAUGCUUUGCAAGCUUGCUCUUUCAUGCCAGUAGUGGUUUCGUCA